AUGGAGCAUAAUCAUGAGAUGUUUGCACCUGAUCAAACUCAUUUGUUAAGAUCAGCACGUAAAAUAUCAUAUGCAAAAAAGUCUACUCUAGAAGCUAUGGUAAAUGCUGGAAUAUCUAUCUCUUCUGCUGUUUCUUUUAUGGAAAAUGAAGCAUGCGUUCUAGAAAAUUUAGGUUUUGUUAGAAAGGAUGCAUAUGAUCAUUUGAGUCGGUUGAGAAAAUAUACGAAAGUUGAGAAUGGAGAUGCUACUACACUUAUUCAAUAUUUUAUAAGUAAGGCGAAUAAAGAGACUUACUUUUACUGGAAUGUGCAAUUGGAUGAUGACGAUAGGAUGAUGAACUUUUUCUUUAGGGACUAUAGAUGUGCGGUUGAUUAUGAAUAUUUUGGUGAUGUCCUAUCGAUUGAUACAACAUAUAAGACAAACAAGUAUAAUUUGAUAUGUGCUCCAUUUGUUGGUAUAAAUCAUCACAUGCAAAAUGUUUUGUUUGGCUUGGUAUUUAUGUCAGAUGAAACUGAAAGUUCUUUUGAAUGGUUGUUUAGAACAUUUCUUGAUUCUAUGAAUGACAAACAAUCUUUUCAGACCAAUGUCAAGUCAUGA